UCUGCUUCUCCUGCGAGUAUCUCUACUGCUGCUGCUGCUGCUGCUGCUGCUGCUGCUGCUGGGCAGCAAACCGAAGCUAAUGGGGGGCCCCUAGGGCCCUUGGGGGCCCCCUCAGGGUUCAGCGUCCAGGACCCCUGGCUGCAGCAGCAGCAGCAGCAGCAACAGCAGCGCAUGAGCACUGCAGCAACACAGCGAAGACAGCUGCUGCUGCCUGCUGGUUUCAGCAGCAGCAGAAGAGGCUCACGGCGCUUUGAAGACAAUCGGGAUGCAGCAAGGCCCUCAGCAGCAGCAGCAACACAUACACAGCAGCAACAGCAGCUGCAGCAGCUGCAGCAGCAGCAGCAGCCGCAGCAGCAGCAGCAGAUAGGCAGCUUCAUGAGUAGGGACCCCAGCGAGUUCUACUAUAGCAGCACUUCUCCUUUGCUGAGCCUCGGUGCUGCAACGAGCCCAGCGCCAGCAGCAGCAACUGCAGCAACAGCAACAGCAACAGCAACAGCAGCAGCAACAGGAGCAGCAGCAGCAGCAGGGAGCCCCCCUGAAGUUUUUAAUCUACAGGGAGACAGCGAUAUAGAUGCCGCAGCUUCAGAUAGAGAAGCAGCAGAGCUGCAGGGCCUGCAGCAACUGCAGCAGCAGCAAAUGCUGCUGCAGCAGCAGCAGCAGCAAAUGCUGCAGCAGCAGCUGCAGCAGGAGCCCUCCGUAUUCCCCCCGUUCAGCAGAGGGUUUGUUAAUGGGCCUCUCUCGGCUGUAUCUGCUUCGCCAAGGCUGCUUCCUGCUGCUGCUGCUGCUCGUGCUGCUGCUCCUGCUGCUGCUGCUCCUGCUGCUGCUGCUGCUGUUGCUCCUCCAACGUCUCCUGUGUCUCUGCAGCAGACCUCACAGGCCUUUCUAUCAAGCCCUAUAGGAACACCCAUGCUGCAUGAAGCAGCAGCAGCAGCAGCAGCAGCAGGGGCUGGGGGCAUUCAGCAGCAGCAGCUGCUGCAGCAGCAGUCUCGCCCGCCGCUGCUGCAGCAGAUACAUUCUGCUGUAGCGCCUCCCAGGCAGCACUCAUCUGCUGCUUUGAAACAGCAGCAGAUUCAGCAGCAGCAGCAGCAUCAAAUGCUGCAGCAGCAGCAGCUACAACAGCAGCACGAAGACGAAUAUCAGCACGUACUCCAGCGACUGCAAGAGCAGCGGCUGAUGUACGAACAGCAGCAGCAGCAGCAGCAGCAGCAGCAGCAGCUGUUGCUGCUGCAGCAGGAACAAGAACUUCAACAGCAGCAAGAGCAUCAACAAUUGCAGCAGCAACUCUUGCUGCAGCAGCAGCAGCUGCAGGGACAGCAGCAGCAAGGCCUCGUGAUGGCCUCGCCUGAGAUGCCGUCACUCCGCUCAGCAGCAGCGCUGCGGUCUGCAGAUGAUUCAGCAGCAGCAGCAGCAGCGGCAGCAGCAGCAGCAACAGCUGCUGCUGCUGCUGCAGCAGAGCUGGAGGAUGGGGAGCGCGCUGCACUGCAGGCGCAGCAAGAUGCUGCUGCUGCUCAGAGUGCUGCUGCAAUUGCUGCAGAAGCAGCAGCGGGAAUGGAGGCUGCUGUAGCAGCAAAUGCAGCAGCAGAAGCUACUAGAGCAGCAGCAGCAGCAGCAGCAGAGAGAGGACCGGCUCUGGCAGCACAAGGCCAGGUAGCAGCAGCAGCAGCAGCAGAUGCGGAAGCUGCUGCUGCAGUAGCAGAGCAAGCAGAGGCCCUUGUUCAUGCAGCACUAGCAGACUUGCAAGCAGCAACACCUCUACAGCAGCAGCAGCAGCAGCAGCAGCAGCAGAGACUCAGACAGUCUAUAGGCAGGCCCCCAAGGCGCUCCUCGCGGCCUCACCUGAUUGAAGGCACGUUGCUGCAGAAUCAGCAGCAGCUGCUGCCAAGCCAAGUGCAGCAGCUGCAGCAGCAGCUGCAGCAACAGCAGCAGCAACAGCAGCUGCUACAGCAAAGGCACCAAAGGCCCUUCCUUCAGCAUACAUUAAGGGCUCAACAAAGGGCGCAGCAGCAGCAGCAGCAGCAGCAGCAGCGACUUGCAGAGAUUGCCGCAUCGCGGGCUGCUUCCCCGCUGCAGUACAGGCAGCAGCAGCAGCAGCAGCAGCAGCAGACCACGCGAGCGCAGGAGCUGCAGGAGAGACUGCGGCAGGUGAUGAAGGAAGAGGAGGCCAGCAGAAUGGAGUUAGCUUUGCUGCAGCAGCAACAGCAGCAGCUGCUGCUGCUGCCAGAAGACGCAGCAGAUGCAGACUUUGCUUCAUAUGCUGGAGACAGGCUCCCGCAGCAGCAGCAGCAGCCGCAGCAAGUGGAGGAGCCGUCUUCUUUUACUCAGCAGCUGUAUAUACAGGCAGCAGAAGAAGAGGCCUCCGAGCAGCAGCACCGGAUGCUGCUGCAGCAGCAGCAACAGGACAACCAACACUACCAGCUGCAGCAGCAGCAGCAGCAGCAGCAGAACCCCCAAGUUGAGGAUUGGAGUAUUGGGGCGGCAGGGGGGAGGCAGCAGCUGUCUCUGCAGCGCAGCAGCAAACAAGACGGAGCUGCUGCUGCUGCUGCUGCUGCACUGGACACCAUUGCAGAUCAGGUGUAUGCAAUAUCGCAGCAGCUAACGGAGCAGCAGCAGUUGGCGCAGCAGCAGCAGCAGCUGCAGCAGCAGCAAUACACCGCGGCCAUACAAAUACGGCAGCAGCAACUUGAUCGACAGGAGCAGCUGGUCUCACAGCAGCAGCAGCAGCUGCAGCAGCAACAGCAGCAGCAACAGCAGCAACUAAAGGAUAUCCUGGAAACUGCUGCUCGCCUGCAGCAGCAGCAACUGGAGGUGCAGCACGCUAGCUUGCUGCAGCAGCAGCAAGCAGCAAAUGAACAGCGGGGCUAUCUCGCAGAUUAUACAAAUGCUGCUCUUGCUGCAGCAGACUCCGUUUUGUCUGGUGCCCGUGCUGCUGUUGCUUCUCUGAACACCUCUAAACCUUCUGCUGCUGCUGCUGCUGCUGAUACGCUGCAUGUGACAUUUGGUCGGCAGCCUCGAGAUGCAGCAACUCUGCUGCAGCUUCAAGAAUCUGUUGCUGCUGCUGCUGCAGCAGCAAGCAAUACAGCAAAGAGACAAGGACAAACACCGACAGCAGGAGAGAUUGCAUGGAGUCUUAAAGACGAAGAGUUGUGUGACUGCCGCAAGCCGAUCCCCGAUCCCCAGGCGCUGCUGCAGCUGCUGGAGCGUCGGCUUGUCCCUGGCAGCGCAGCAGCAGCAAUUAAAAACAGAAGCAGCAAAGAUAUUCUGUCUAAGGUUAUUAAGUGGGCAAUGGCAGCAAUUUGCUGGCAGCAGCAGCAGCAGCAGCAGCAGCUUCCGCUGGAUCUCUUUUUGCUGCUUUUCUUUUUGUUUGCUGCUGCUGCCUUGGGGGCUGCCACUGCUGGUGCUGCUGCUGAUAGUGCUGCUUCUGCUAAUGCUGCUGCUGCUGUUGAUGGUGCUGCUGCUAUUGCUGUUGUUGGCUUGCUGCAGCAGCAACUUGCUGCUUCUCGCUGCACUCAUGUUGCUGCUGUUUGUCUGUGUCUUUGUGCAUUUCGGCGUUUAAAUGUUUUAUCGGGUAGUUGCGCAUCAUAUAAAGAUACAAAAGAAGAGAAGCAAGCAGCAAAGCAGCUGCAGCCUGCUGCUGCUCUCUUUCCUCCUCCUACAUUUGCUGCUUUUGCUGCUGAUGCCCCUGCAACAGCAGCAGAUACAGCAGCAGAUGCAGCAGCAGCAGAUUCAACAGCAGAUGCAGCAGCAGCAGCAACAACUGCAGCCACCACAAAAAGCAACGACACGCAGCAGCAAAUUACAUACACGCUGCAGCAGCACAAACAGCAAGAACCCCCACAGCAGCAGCAGCAGCAGCAGCAGCAUCAAAUCGUUAUACCUCUUACAGUGGCAGAUGGUGCUGCAGCUCCGUCAGUUCCUGCUGCUUCUGCUGCUGCUCCUGCUGCAGUGAUGCAGCCGCAAUCUCCUCGACUCAUCCUGCAGCCAGCAGGGGGGAGCCCUCAGCAGCAGCAGCAGCAACAGCAGCAGCAGGUGCUGCUGCUUCAAGUUCCUGCUGCUGCCCCAUCUAUAGCACAAACGAGUCGGGGGUUGCUGCACACCAAGUUGCUGCAGCACUGGAAGGAGCAGCAGCAAGCUCUCAAUCAGCAACAGAGACAGCGAAAGACAUCUUUUGCUGUCCCUUUGCUGCACCCAGAGGAGCGCACACUCCAGCAGCAGCAGCAGCAGCAGCAGCAGCAGCAGCUUGCAGCUAGCCUACUUCACCCUCCCCCUCCACUGACUUGGCAGGCGACGGGCGUCCACAUGAAGUCUCCUUCUAUUUGUUUGCGGAGAAGCAGCAAUUGCUGCUGCUGCAGCAGCAGCAGCAGCUGCUGCAGCAGCUACCGAAGCAACAGCAUCUGUCGCAGCAUCAGCAGCAGCUGUCGCAGCAGCAGCUGCUGCUGCAGUGAGAGCAGCUGCAGUGAGAGCAGCUGCAGCAAACACGGCAGGCGUAGCUGCAACAGAUGCAGCAAGAAGCGGUGGAACAGCUACCGCAGCAGCAACAGCAGCAGCAACUGUAGCAGCAGCAGCAGCAGCAGCUGCCGCAGGUGCUGCACCUCCAGUGCGUUGAAACGCUGCAGCAAGCAGAAUCAGUCGAGGGAGGGUUUGCUGCCAGCAGCAGCAAAACCCCUCAACUGCAGCAGCAAGGCGUCCUCGCCUCGCCAACAUCGCAGCAGCAGCAGCAGCAGCAGCAGCAGCAGUAAUAGUAGUAGUAGUAGUAGUAGCAGUGGGCGGUGGAGCAGCAGGAGCAGCAGGAGCAGCAGGAGCAGCAGCAGGAGGGCUUCCUGCUGCAGCAAACCUGCAGACGCUAUGGCAGCAGCUCUUGCUGCGUCUGUUCCCUUGUCUCCCCCUAGUGUGCAAGCUUGCGAGCAGCAGUUUGCUGCUGCAGUGUCUCCUGCAGCAGCAGAAGGGUAUAGGAGGUGCAGCAACAGCAGCAACAGCAGCAACACCAUCUGCAGCAGCAGCAGCAACAGCAACAACAACAGCAGCACAAGCAGCAGCGGGGUCAUCACCUACAGACGCAGCAACUGCAGCACCUGUCUUCUUCCCACUCCAACCCCUGAGCAGCAACUGCAGCAAACGGAGCAGCAGCAGCAGCAGCAGCAGCAGCAGCAGCAGCAGCAGGGAGUUCGCUUGCUGCGUCCUGAGCUUCGGCAUGCCUCGUUUUACUCUUCUUUAGGCUCACCUCGGGGGCCCCCCCAAACUUACUUAUAUCCUUCAAGAGGUGCAGAGUUUGCUGCUGCUGAUCGCAGCAUAAGGAGCAGCAGCAGCAGGCAGCAGCAGAGAUUUGCUGCAGCAACAGCAGGCCAAAGGCUUGCAGCAGCAUCGAAGGAGACGACUGGAGAGGAAUCAACGGUCCCAAGUGUAGCGGUGUUUACGAGCAGCAACAGCAGCAGCAACAGCAGCAGCAGCAGCAGCAGCAUGGGGGCUGGUGCUGUGCCUGCGUAUAAGGCGCUGCAGAUGCUGCACUUCCUUGCUGCAGCAAAAGCCCAAAUCAUAGUCAGAGGAGAGACGCAGCAGCUUCAUUCUGCUGCUGAUGUGCUGCUGCACGGGGCCCAGCUAUUCCAGGAGCUCAUAGAUUUUCAUAUCAUGCAGCAGCAGCAGCAGCAGCAGCAGCAACAGCAGCAAAUGAUGUCGGCAUCAGGGACACAGCAGCAGCAGCAGCAGCAGCAAGAGGAACCGGUGGUGCUGCUUCCGUCUGCUGGCUCGGGGAAUAGCUUUCUAAACAGAGAUGCUGCAGCAGCAGGAGCAGCAGCAGCAGUAACAGCAACAACAGCAGCAGGAGCAGCAGCAGCAGCAGCAGCAGCAAGACAAGGAAGCGAGAGGGGAGGGUCGCCUGGGGCAUGGAGGCAGCUGUCUCCUACAGGAGAGCAAUCUCAGCUUGUAAGCAGCUAUAGAGGCAGCAGCAUGCGGCAGCAAUUUGCUGCUGCUGAUGCAGAGGCUGAAGAGACACUGCAGCAAUAUGCUGCUGGGAGACAGGGGGAGUGGAGGCGAGAUGUGCAGCACUUCCGCAGCAACAGCAGCAGAAACAAUUACUACAGCAGCAACAACAGCAGCAGCCAAAUUAACCCCAACAACUUCAACAGCAGCAAUAAUAAUAAUUUCAGCAGCAGCAGCAGCAGCAGCAGGGCCUAUCCUCAGCCCUCAGAGCCAGUCUCCUGGGCGUCGCAGCAAAGAGACACUGCAGCAGCAGGAGACAGAUCCCCUGCUGAGUUGCUGCUGCUGCCGCCAACCCCACAGUUUUCUGCUGCUUCUUCUGCACCAAGGGCAUCGGAGGGGUAUCUGCCUUCUUCUGCUGCAGCAGCAGAUGCAGCAGCAGAACCAAGCAGCUCGUUCACAGACCUCGCGUACACCCAGCAGCAGCAGCAGCAGCAGCAAGUGCAGCAGCAGCAGCAACAAAUGCAGCAAAUGCAACAAAUGCAGCAGAUGCAGCAGCAAAGACAGCAGCAGCAGCUGCAGCAACAGCAACUGCUGAGGCAGCAGGAGCUGCAGCAACACUUGCAGCAGCAGCUACAGCAGCAACAGCAGCAGCAGCAACAGCAGCAGCAGCAGCAGCAGCUAGCCUAUCCCGACAGCCAAGUGCUGCAUGGAUUAGAGGCCUCUGUUUCUCAGCAGCUGCCUCUAUAUCCGGAGCAGCAGCUGCUGGAGGAGCUGCAGCGGCAGCAGGAGCAGCUACGUCUCCGUAGCGCCCAGCUGCAGCAGCAGCAGCAGCAGCAGCAAAUGCUGCAGCGCAGGGGGGGAGGCUCUAGGAUGCGCAGCAGCACACAAAGCGGCAGCAGCAACUACUUUGCAUUGCCAACUGCUGCUGCUCUAUUCCCUACAACAGCAACAGACAAAGAGAGAUUGAGAGACAUCUUCACCCCGAAUAACAAUCGAAGGACCUCUCCUGCUGCUGCUGCUGCUGCUGGUGAGGGUGCAGCAGACUUUGACUCCGGAGCGUUUGCUGCAGCAGGGCAGGUAGCCUCAGCACCCGUUUGGCAUCGCAGCAGCAGCAGCAGGGACACUCCAAACAACAGCAGCAACGGUGGCGGAGGCGGCAGCAGCAGCAGCAGCAGCAGCAGUUCGCGUCUCUUCACCUUUAACCCAGAGCAGAUCGAAACUGCAGGAGUAUCUGUUACCCCCUCUGGGGGCCCCCCUAAACCCUUGGGGGCCCCGGGGCCCCCUGGACCCCUAAGGGGCCCCCAUGAGUACAUGGGGGGCCCCCCAGGGUCACCUGCGGGCCCCCAUGGGUCCUUUAGGGGCCCCCAUGGGUCUCCUGGAGGCCCCAGAGGGUCCAUUCGGGGGGGCCCCCAGGGAUCGUUCGGGGGGGGCCCCCAGGGUUCAUUUGGGGGGGGCCCCCAAGGGUCACUGGGGGGCUCUCAAGGGUCCUUUGGGGGCCCCCACGGUUCACUGGGGGGCUCUCAGGGGUCCUUUGGGGGCCCCCAAGGGUCAAUAAGGAGCUCCAGAGGCUCCUUUAGUGGGGGCCCCCAGGGUUCAUUUGGGGGGGGCCCCCAUGGAUCACCUGGGGCCUCCAGGGGGUCCUUUCGAGGGGGUCCCCAGGGGUCCUUUGGGGGCCCCCAGGGGUCCUUUGGGGGCCCCCCUGGAUCACCUGGGGGCCCCCAAGGUUCGUAUGGGGGCCCCCAAGGGUCAUUUGGGGGCCCCCAAGGGUCAUAUAGGGGUUCAGAGGGGUCUGUGGGGGCCCCUGUAGGGACCCCUAGGGGGCCCCCACAGGGGGGACCCCCACCAGGGAGCACCUUAAGUUUAGUUGCUACCUCUGAUGGUGUUAUAAGUAGGGUAAUUGAGCAGCAAACAAGCGAAGGACUGCAGCAGCAAAUUAGCUCUGUCUCCGCAGUAGACAGACAGCUCGAAGAAGAAGAAUUACUCGGGGUCCCAGCCCAGCAGCAGCAGCAGCAGCAGCAGCAGCAGCAGCAGGUUACGGAUGUGCAGCAGAGCCCCAGCAGCACGCUCUUUGCUGACAGUCGACCACACUUUGCUGCUGUCUCCUUUGAGGGACGCCGGAGGAGACGCAGACACCGCAGCGGCUGCAGCAGCAGCAAGCACCGCAGCAGCAACAACUGCAGCAGCAGCAACUGCAGCAACGGCAACUGCAGCAGCAGCAACUGGCAUCAGCCAUCUUCAGGACCCUGCAGCUGGGACCUCGGCAUUGCUGCUUUAGACGAGCCCGCAGCAGCAGCAACUGCAGCAGAAACAGCAGCAGCAGCAGCAGCAGCAGCAAGAGGAGGCAAUGAUGAACAGCAACAAAGAAAUAGAAGGGAGAGACAGUUUGUAUCCGAAGCUCUCCAAUGCCGUGUGGGGCCCCACAGGCGUAUGACGUUGGCUUCUUCUCCGUGGCAUGGGGAUGUGUAUGAAGGCAGCAACAGAGACUGCAACACAGUCUUAGGAGACACCCUGCAGCAGCAGCAGCAGCGGGAGCGGGAAGGGGAAACGUUUCAACAGCAGCAGCAGCAGCAGCAGCAGCAGCAAGAGUUGCUGCUGCAGCGAAGCGCGCUGACCUUAGAUCAUUUUCUUUAUUUCUUGCGGCAUGACGAUGCUAUUCUUUUCUUCCGGUCUUUUGACAGAGCCACUGCAUGA